AUGUUUUCUCUUUUCGCCUUUAUUUAUUAUGUUCAUCUUGCUUGCCCACCCCUCUCUCUCUCUCUAUUUCUUUCAUUUCUUCUUCCUAACUUUUUUUUCUUUAUACGUUCUUUUUUUUUUAUCUUGGUGAUUUCUUUAACUUAUUCCUUCCAGUCUUUUCCUUUUCAAUGUUUGUUUCAUUAUUUAUCUUGUGCAAUUUUCUUUUCUUUCCUUUUUCUUUGUUUAGUUUUUUUCUUUGUUUCUUUUACGUUAAUUUUUAAUUUCAUUUUUUUUGUAACAUUUAUUUCAUUUUCAUUUCACUUCACUUUAUUUUUUUUAAUUCUCAUUACUUUCUGCAUUCUUUCAGUAUUAGUAUCAUUAGUUUAUCUUUUACAGUUUUAUUCAUUCUCUUUAUUUUUCUUUCUUUCUUUCGUUCUUUAUUUCCUUCCUUCUGUUUCUACGUAUUCAUUGUUUUUUGUUUUCUUUCAUUCGGCCUUCUUUCUUUUUUGCUUUCUUUCUUUCUUUGUUUGUUUCUUUCUUUGCAUUUCUUUGUAUGUAUAUAUAACUUAUAACAGUUUCACAAUUACCGUAUUCUUUCUUUCUUUCUUUCUUUCUUUCUUUCUUUCAUUCUUUCUUUCUUUCAUUCUUUCUUUCUUUUUUUUGCAUUUACUCUUACAGACUGUUUAUAACGUUUUACGUUUUACACAUUGCAAUUUGUCUGUCUUUCUUUCUUUUUCGUUCUCUCUGUCUCUUUAUUUCAUUCUUUUUUCCAUUUUCUUUCUUUCAUUCUUUCUUCUCUUUCUACGUAUUUAUUCAGUUUUUCUUUCUUUGUUUUUUCCAACUUUUCUUCCUUUAUUAUUUCUUUCUUUCUUAAUCUUUCUUUCUUUUUUCUUUGUCUCUCUCUCUCUCUUUCUUUCUUUCUUUCUUUCUUUCUUGCAUUUCUUCCUCCCGUGUAUCUAUACCUUUUCAAAUUCCCCGUUUUCUUUCUUUCUUUCUUUCUUUCUUUCUUUCUUUUCAUACCUUAGUUUGUCUUUGAGUUCUAUUUCUUUUUUUUCUCUUCAUAUUUGGCUCUGUACUUAUCUCUUUAUCUAUCUAUCUAUCUAUCUAUCUAUCUAUCUAUCUAUCUAUCUAUGUAGAUAG